AGCAGGGUUCGGCGCCGCCGGAGCCGUCGCGCGUUUUGCUCGCGAAGCUUGCCGUUGCUUGUCGCACCUCAAUGGAGUCGCGCCGGCUUAGCUUAGUCUUGGUGCCGGCGGGGUUGCCGUGCAUGGCAGUGUUAACUCGGUUUCGGUCUCGUGUGCACGUUCCGCCCGUGUUCACUAAUCUGAAGUGCAGCACACAUCAAUACCAUCCUCUUGCAUACGACAUGACAGAAGGUAAGUGCCAUGAUCAAGCGCAGCUCUGCUGCCGCCGACGGCUCGCACACGCCGCGCUUCGGCUACUUGCUGCGUCUGGGACUGGAGUCCAUUGGGGUGCGCUAUGUGUCGACGGAUGUGCUGCGCAAGGCCAAGAAGAAUCAGACGACGGAGCGGGAAUACUGGGCGCUGUGGAGACUGCUGCACGAUUUAGUACUAGUGAUGCUGGCCGACUUCGAAGUGGACAUGCAGGAAAUGGAGCGGUUGAACAGUAAGGAGGCAGUGGAGAGCGGUCUACUAGACCCAAAGCUGCACGCCGUCCAGAUGGAGCUGGUGAAGUUUUACCUUUACGAGUGGGGGUUCGUGUGUACAGCGUUUUAUUCCGAUGCUGCACGUCCGUCAAGCCAAGUUCUGCUGCUCGCCUUUGCGUGGCUCGUUGCGUUUUCGCGGUUCUUUGAGAAGCAGCAGCGGUAUAUUUUGGAAGUACGUGCAAUGUGGAUGUCAGCGUUUAGAUGUUGCUUCUGCGUUUGCUAA